CGCUCUAAAAAACUAGUUGUGCAGUUCGCACCUUGACUUUCGUCACCGACACUGACUUAUCUUCUUCAACUGUGGUGGAAAUCGCGAACAAGUUUCAUUUCCGCUGGUACAAUAACUUACUUUACUCUUUAGUCUGGAGAAGGAUCCCCCGGUACGGUAUCUGCCUCCUUCUGGAGCAGCCUAGCAGCGGCGGGGUGGGUCGCUAGCUAGCGAGUGGCCACCGUGGAGUGCUGGGUAAAACGCUACGGCCGCUCGUAUCUUGUUCCCUGCGGACUUCCGUUUCUGCCACCUCAGCACCCUAGUUUGGAGGUAGCAUGUCGUCGAACGGGGAUUCAGCCGAGCAGCAGGCAAAUGGACACACCACUGGCACGGGCGGAAAUGAAGAGAGUUCAAGCUCUAUCCCAGCUCCGCCACGGAGUCCGCGCCCGUCGCUAAUCGUCACCGAGCCUGUCCGUUUUUCCGGCCGACUCGUGCUGACGGCCGUGGAGGCCACGGACUUGCCAGCCAGUGUACCUCUACCCGGCGGCCUUGUCCUGAACAGCAUCGACCCGUACCUAGAGAUAUGUGUGGACGGCUACUCAGUUGGACAGACAGCGGCAAGAAACAAAACAUGUGAUCCUGUUUGGAGGGAAGAGAUCGAGUCGUGCGUGCGUGAUGCCGAAUCUCUGGAAUUCACCGUCUUUCACAAGACGACAGUACCGCCGAAUCAGUUCGUGGCCAAUGGAAAGGUGUUCUUUGAGGAGUUGCUCAAGGUCAACUCGGACGAUAUUUGGGUCAAUCUUCAACCGACCGGCAAAAUCCGACUAUUUGUACAAGUUGAGGACAAAGUCGAUGGCUUUAUACCCCAGCCAAAGCCGUUUGUGGCGCGACCUCGCCAGAAGCGGAGGCGGGGAGCUCUCCGGCGAAAGAUCAUCCAUGUCAAUGAACACAAGUUCAUGUCUCGCUUCUUCCGACAGCCGACCUUCUGCUCGCAUUGCCACGAGUUCAUCUGGGGGCUUGGAAAGCAAGGUUACCAAUGCCAAGUAUGCACAGUAGUCGUACACAAGCGCUGUCACACCAAGAUUGUCAACAGGUGUAUGAAAGCUACCAAUGGUGAGGAUGACUCGUCGGACCUUCAAAGUCGCUUCAACGUGAACAUUCCGCACCGCUUUGAGGUGUACAACUAUCGAAAGCCGACGUUCUGCGACCACUGCGGUUCCUUGCUGUACGGGCUGAUCCGGCAGGGCAUGCGAUGUACAGAAUGCAAGAUGAACGUGCACCGGCGCUGUCAUGAGCGUGUGCCGCGCAACUGCGGCGUCGACAACAACAAGAUAGCGCAGGCGCUGGGCGACAUGGGAUUCCAGCCGUCCAUGCUGGGCCCGUCGGGCAGCGCACGCUCCAGGAACAGCAUCACACCGGUAUCCGAGUCAGCCUGCCUAUCACCCACAAAGCAAUCCUUGCGACCGUCAGUAAGCGAGAGUGCACUAUCAGCGCCCAAGUCCAAUGCAGCAGGACCAAGGUACAGUCUUACACCCACGCAGGAACGCUCUCGCUCACCGUCGCCAGGCAGGAGCAAGACAUCAAUCAACGAUCUCCGCUUCCUCAAGGUGCUGGGACGAGGAAGUUUUGGCAAGGUUCUACUGGCAGAGCUCCGGAGAUCGGGUCAGAUCUAUGCUGUCAAGGUUCUGAAGAAGGAAAUGGUGGUGGAGGAGGAUGAUGUCGAAUGCACGAUGACGGAGAGGAGAGUCUUGUCUCUGGGCAGCCGACAUCCGUUCCUGUGUGCUCUGCACUCCACCUUCCAGACCAAGGACCGUCUCUUCUUCGUAAUGCAGUACGUCAACGGCGGUGACCUGAUGUUCCAGAUACAGAAUGCACACAAGUUUGAAGAAGCCAGAGCAAGGUUCUACGCUGCCGAGAUAGUGUCGGCGCUGAUGUUCCUGCACGAGAACGGAGUUGUGUACCGGGAUCUGAAGCUGGACAAUGUGCUGAUCGAUUCCGAGGGCCAUGUCAAACUGGCUGACUUUGGGAUGUGCAAGGAGAACAUCUUUGGAAGCAAAACGACGAACACUUUCUGUGGAACACCAGACUACAUUGCACCAGAGAUUCUCAUGGAGAAGAACUAUGGCGUGUCUGUUGACUGGUGGGCACUCGGAGUACUCAUGUAUGAGAUGAUGUCUGGCCAGCCACCAUUUGAAGCGGAUAACGAAGAUGAGCUCUUUGAAUCCAUCCUCCACGAUCCCGUGCUCUAUCCGCGAUGGCUGUCCAAGGAGGCAACGUCUGUCAUCAUGGGGUUCCUGGUAAAGAAUCCCCAGCGCCGCCUCGGCUGUGACGAGACUGGCAACGAGGACGCCAUCAAGGCGCACAUCUUCUUCAAGCCCAUUGACUGGGUGGCUCUGGACAAUCGGCAAAUACGCCCACCGUACCGGCCACUGGUGAGGAACAAGACGGAUGUCGCAAACUUCGAUCCAGACUUCACACGUGAGAGGGCAGUGCUGACGCCUCCCGCUGACAGGAAAGCUAUCGAUCAAAUAAACCAGGAGGAGUUCCGGGAGUUCGACUUCGUCAACCCAGUCUUCUCUGGGAACGAGAUGUGAGAGAGACCGCGACAAUCUUACAGGCUUGUCACCACCUACAGCAUGAAAUGGAACGAGGACAGGACUCGGCCCAGCAAGCACUAAGUUGCUCGAUCCUACUGUUCUGCAACCUCUGCAGUCUCUACGAGAACACUGGAGGAUACAACGGAUGAUGAAGGGACUGUACAAAAUGGAGGACGGAUUACUACAUACCGACGACACCUGUAUAUGAAUAAUUAUAAUGAUACGCUUUGCAUGAAUCAAUUGAGUAGCUACACAUUCCGUAAGAGCACAGUGGAGAGAAUGUACCGUCUGCUGCUACACAAGUCGCCCUUCUCAAUAAAAUAAUCACCAAGCGAUGCAGCAAUAGCAUGCAUGGCAGGCAUCAUUCAAGUUGACAACCGCUGGUGUUUUUUAUACCUACAGUCCACGGAUAGCUCCUGAAUUUUGAUUUUUUUAAUGUAUUAUAAUUAUAAUGAUUUUCUUGCCAAUAACGCUCUCAAUGCAAGACACCGUUAGCGACAUAAACAUAAUGAGAACUAUUGUAUGUACAAGCUAA